GUAUGUAGGCGAGCAAGUGUGGGUCGAACUGAUCGCUCACGUAGUAUCAAGAUUCAGUAAUGUUUUAUGUAAAGUUCGAAAAUUUACGUUCAACACGAAACAACAGCAAAAGUAAUAUAAUUCGCGUUUAAUUUAUACAUUUAUUGUAAUAUUUUCAGUUUAAUUCACCAUUGUUAAAUAUAUGUAAUAGUUGCCACUUAAUAAAACCAGAAUGACUGGAGAUUAUCAUGAGAGUUACAGUAAUGUAUCUGGAUCAAGCAACAACAUGCUUCGCUCGCCUAUGUUACGACCCCAAUCACCGCAGCACCUCGACUCUUGCUUAGAUGUUAUGUUAGAUGACUUACAAGCCACAGUUUCACGGCCAGGCAGCAGAUUAGACGACCACACAAGAUCGAGUACGAAAAGAUACACUACUACAUCGACUCCGGUUAGCAGACAGUAUGGUGAAUCUCAAAAGAAUCAAGUUCAAGAGGAUAUCGAUCAACUUGUACAAUUAUUGGAUCACCAUGGAUCGAGUAAUGGAAUGAAUAAGUCAACAACUGGGCAAGAUACGAAGUCUACGUCACUGACAAAUACCAAUCUAAACCUGGGUUCAUGGAAUAGUGAUAUGAACGCUGGUGAUAUGACGUAUACACGAACGGAAACUAUUACGCGCGAUAGAUUCGGAACCGAUAGUUCAGGAAGGAUAUAUCGGGACUCAAGUCCAUUACGAUUGACUGGUCCAGGAGCUCCGGCAUUAAACGCGCCAUCAACAACAAAAUCGUUUGUCGUCUCGAAACAUAAAGUGGACUCGUACGUUCCUCAUGCAUCAAACAAAAUGUCUUCGGAAAGUUCUAGAGAAGGAAUUGAGUACAAUAUUCCAAUAACUCAUACAACCGUUCAGGGACCUGGAACAAAAACUAGGACUAUUGAAACUUCUUAUUCUUAUGAAGUACAAGGAGACGGCGAUAAUGCAAGGAACUUUGAAAGAAAUGGAAAAUUUGAAAGCAGCGGAACUUCAAUAUAA